UCAGCGACCUUCCACCAAUACUUAUUCUCUUUACUGGUUCGGAGAGUCCCGGAGCCGGGAGAGAAGGGUUGCCUGCCAGGAUUGGGGCAAAUACCCGGGGGGGAAGAGGCGGGACUUCCGCGUCCGACCGGAAGUGACGCGAGUCGCGGUCACCGCCAGGUGGAACGGCAGGUGGCUUCAGGUGCCAGCCUGGCUCGGGCCUGGCUGUGGGACCGACUCUCCCGUUUUCCAUUCCCCUCCCGAGCUGGGCAGUUAGGCAGUCUGCCCCAACUCCUGGAACCAUGUUUGCAGACUUGGAUUAUGACAUCGAGGAGGAUAAACUAGGAAUCCCCACUGUGCCUGGGAAGGUAACCCUGCAGAAGGAUGCUCAGAACCUGAUUGGGAUCAGCAUUGGAGGAGGGGCCCAGUACUGUCCCUGCCUCUAUAUUGUUCAGGUGUUUGACAACACACCUGCAGCCUUGGAUGGCACAGUGGCAGCUGGGGACGAGAUCACCGGGGUUAACGGCAGGUCAAUCAAAGGAAAAACGAAGGUGGAGGUGGCGAAGAUGAUUCAGGAGGUGAAGGGGGAGGUGACCAUCCACUACAACAAGCUGCAGGCAGACCCCAAGCAGGGCAUGUCACUGGACAUUGUGUUGAAGAAGGUAAAGCACCGGCUGGUGGAGAACAUGAGUUCAGGGACGGCUGAUGCUCUGGGCCUGAGCCGCGCCAUCCUGUGCAAUGAUGGGUUGGUGAAGCGGCUGGAGGAGCUAGAGCGCACAGCUGAGCUGUACAAAGGGAUGACAGAACAUACCAAGAAUCUUCUACGAGCCUUUUAUGAGCUGUCACAGACGCACCGGGCCUUUGGGGACGUGUUCUCUGUGAUUGGAGUUCGGGAGCCCCAGCCAGCAGCAAGUGAAGCAUUCGUGAAGUUUGCUGAUGCACACCGCAGCAUUGAGAAGUUUGGCAUUCGGCUGCUGAAAACCAUCAAGCCGAUGCUGACAGACCUGAACACGUACCUCAACAAAGCUAUCCCCGAUACACGCCUCACCAUCAAGAAGUACCUGGAUGUGAAGUUUGAGUACCUGUCCUACUGUCUGAAGGUAAAGGAGAUGGACGAUGAGGAAUACAGCUGUAUUGCCCUAGGAGAGCCCCUAUACCGAGUGAGCACAGGAAACUAUGAGUACCGCCUGAUCCUGCGCUGCCGCCAGGAGGCCCGUGCCCGCUUCUCCCAGAUGCGCAAAGAUGUGCUGGAGAAGAUGGAGCUACUGGACCAGAAGCACGUCCAGGACAUUGUGUUCCAGCUUCAGCGCUUCGUGUCUACCAUGUCCAAAUACUACAACGACUGUUAUGCGGUGCUACGUGAUGCUGACGUCUUUCCCAUUGAGGUGGACCUGGCACACACCACUCUAGCCUAUGGCCCUAACCAGGGUGGCUUCACUGAUGGAGAGGAUGAGGAUGAGGAUGAGGAGGACACAGCUAGGGAGGCAUCCAAGGAUGCACGUGGGGCCACUGGAUCCGUGGACAAGGGUGGAAGCUGGUGUGACUCCUGAGUGCCCCCUCAAGUGGACCUGGGGGGUAGGGCAGCAGGAGCACUGCAGUGGGAGCGGGGCGGGGCCACCGUAGGACAGCAAAGGCGUGUAGUGGCGCAUAAAGGCCUGCUGGCUCUGGGCGCCUGCCUCCCUGCUCCUCUGUCCUCGCACAGUGAAUCCAGGCUGCAGCCUGGGCCCUGAACUCUGGCCCCCAUCCUUCCUUCCUACCUCCUGGCUGGAGGGAGAGCUGGGCCUUGGACAGAAAGGAAGAAGGUUUCGAACAGGUCGAGUGCAGGACCUGUCCCGGCUGGCACCUCUGUGGUGCCAAGCCUGCCAGGAGAGGGAACUGGGUGGACAACUGAGGCAGGGGCCAGUGUCCCAGGCCAGCCGCCGGAGUCCACUCACACACCUCGGCAGCCUUUAUUUGUUCUUGGCUUAGCCUCAAGGACUGGGUGCUGGGCCUGUAUUGAAUAAACAAACCCAGACAGAGCAGGCUCUUUGCAGUGGCUCAGACCCUCCUCCCUUGACCUGCUCUUGGCUGCCUCCCUGUUCACAGGGAAGAGUGGGACACAAGGUUUAAUGUAUCAUUUAGUCCUCACAGUACCCUGCAGGAGCAGCAGCUCUUGUCCCUAUUGUGGCUGGGAUGAGAGGCUCAGGACCAUGCAAUGUAGGGAAGUGAAUGUGGGCCCCAAAGCCUUGACCAUCACCUGUUCCCACUGCUUCCAGCUUCCAGAAGCUCUUUCCCUUCAACCCCGCUGUGCUCCUGGUUGUUAAAUGAACCUUUAUUUAGGGAUAGGGCAGGACAGACACUGGUUAGGAUAAUGUGAGGCCCAGAUUGGGGAAAGCAACUGUUCUGCUCAGCCUGGGGGAGGCUGUGGUUGAUGCCAUCCUUGGGCUCUGCAAAGUGGCAGAACAGGAUGUCUGGGCAUCCUACUUUCUCUGGCCAGGUGCAGCUCAUACCUGCAGUCCUUUCCCUCUGAGUUGUCCUUGUUGGGACAAUAGAUAUGUCAUCCUGAGAGUGGAAGGGCAAGGGGUAUGAGGUUGCAGGGUCUAAAAUGGAAAAGCUUGGUGGCUUGGAGCUACAGGCCCUGCACAAACCCAGAUGGGAUUCUCAGACAUAUGUGGGGCCUGGAGGGAGGGGCAGGCUGUCACCAGCCAUUCAUGUGGGGCUCAAUAGAGCUGUUAGAUGACACUACCUCCCUGAUACAGGGUAGCUAGUGUGGAGGUCAAGGGCACAGGCCAGAACUUACAGCCUGGAUCCAGUCAUGGCUUCUUUGACCCUGGGCUGGUUUCUCUCCAUGCCCCUCAGUUUGCCUGUAGUCUGGAUAAUUUUUACCUUACUGGGUUGUUAGGUGCAUCAGUGGGCAAAUGUUUGUUGUAUAGGGCUUAAACACUGGCCAAGUAAAUGUUCUUAAGUGUUA